UUCUGGACUGUAAUGCUGCUGAAUCCGGUUCAUCAUCGUGCCUUUGUCACAAAGUCGGGCAGACUUCCUGUUCUUUUACAAAUAAGAAGAAGCAAUCAUCUCAUGAGAUCCGCCUGUAAACCUCUAUUGUUAAAGCUUCCAACCUGCCUCAUGUAGCACACGACCUGGCGACAGCUUCACCUUAGAUAACCUCCGUUAAUCUGGGCAUAGCUGGCUUCAGCUAUGAACCUUUAAAACUGAAUGAACUGCAAACUGCCAUCAGACCGGGGUCCUUCAUACCUGCUGAUGUUUUUAUGGAUUUGUUGAUGUUUGUAUUAGUUGUGUUGAUUCUGUGUUUGACCUUAUUUGACCGACCUGAGCUAAAUAAAGAUCCAGUCAAACCAUCUGUCUGUGUUUGUGUAGGCAUGGCGUGGCUCCAUCAGAGUCGAGGCUCUCCCAGACUGGUCCUGGUGGUGGUGUGUGUCGCUCUGCUGCUUGACAACAUGCUGCUCACGGUGGUCGUGCCGAUCAUCCCGACAUUCCUCUACGCCAUGGAGCAUCCCAGUCCUGAGCCCCAGACCGCCCAGCCCUCCCUGCUCCCUCUGCCCAGCUACAGUGCACCGGUCCUGGCUGCACAUUUGGAUCAGAGCCCCCAGUCGUCUCCACACACCUUCUCUCCUCUGGUACCUCUGUUUGACAGCACAACCUCCAGUCUGCAGGAGGCUGACCUGACCCCCGACACCGAGGCCACAGACCAGACCGGUCUGACCACAGACCUGCAGAUCAACGAAACCGCCAACACUACAGACUCCUUCUGCCUCCAGGACAGUGUUUUUCUGGAGAAGGAGAAUGUUCGUGUUGGCUUGUUGUUUGCCUCCAAAGCUCUGGUUCAGCUGCUCGUCAACCCCUUCGUCGGUCCGCUCACUAACAGGAUCGGGUAUCACAUCCCCAUGUUUGCAGGUUUCAUCAUCAUGUUUGUGUCAACCAUCAUGUUUGCGUUCUCAGGGACCUACACCCUUCUGUUCUUCGCUCGCUCUCUGCAGGGAAUCGGCUCAUCUUUCUCCUCUGUGGCAGGUCUGGGCAUGCUGGCCAGUGUGUACACAGAUGACGAGGAGAGAGGCGUUGCCAUGGGCAUCGCACUGGGAGGACUGGCUAUGGGAGUCCUGAUCGGAGCCCCAUUCGGCAGUGUGAUGUAUGAGUUUGUUGGGAAGACCGCCCCCUUCCUGAUCCUGGCCUUCCUGGCUGUUUUUGAUGGAGCAUUGCAGCUGUGCAUCCUGCAGCCUUCAAAGAUUUCUCCUGGGAGUGUGGAGGGGACUCCGCUGCUGACCCUGUUAAAGGACCCAUACAUCCUCAUCAGUGCAGGGUCACUGUGUUUCGCCAACAUGGGCGUCGCCAUCCUGGAGCCAACGCUGCCCAUCUGGAUGAUGCAGACCAUGUGCUCCCCUAAAUGGCAGCUUGGUAUGGCCUUCCUCCCUGCCAGCGUGUCCUACCUGAUAGGGACAAACCUGUUUGGAGUCCUGGCCAACAAGAUGGGACGGUGGCUCUGCUCCAUGUUGGGGAUGUUUAUCGUUGGCAUCAGUCUGUUGUGUGUUCCUUUUGCCACCAGUAUCUACGGUCUGAUUGGACCAAAUGGAGGCUUGGGCUUUGCUAUAGGCAUGGUGGACUCCUCCAUGAUGGCCAUCAUGGGUUACCUGGUUGACAUCCGUCAUGCCUCCGUCUACGGCAGCGUCUACGCUAUUGCUGAUGUGGCGCUGUGUAUGGGCUUUGCUAUCGGUCCGUCCACAGGGGGCGCACUGGUCCAGGCGGUGGGGUUUCCCUGUCUCAUGGUGUUUAUCGGGGUGAUCAACAUCCUGUACGCUCCGCUCUGCUUCCUGCUACGUAACCCUGCUGUUCAGGAGGAGAAAAUGGCGAUCAUCGACCAGGAGUGUGUGAUGCACAGGAAGAACUACAACACACACCAGGAGAGUCGCGAGUUUCCUCUGAGCGACUACAGCGAAGAAGAAGAGACGGAGGAGUGACCAACAUGCUGAUGUGUGACCUUCAGACUUCCUGUUGUCACAGGGCAGAACAGAGCAGAUGUCGAGCGCUUAAAGGGACAAUGUCCACAUUAAAACACCCACAAGAACGGUUUUGAUUUUUAUGUUCAGUAAAGUUGUGACUCAAGCUGGAUUUAUGCUUCUCCCAAGAUAUACUACACAUCUAUGCAGACCUACACAGAGUAUUAUGGGUAACCAUAGAUUCCUGUGGAGUCCCUGCUGGGUAACCCGCCAAAAUUAUGUGCAAAAGGAAAAAACUCUAUAUUGCAGGUAUGGUUUAACUACACGCAGCGGACAGCAGGAGAAAUAAAC